AGCAGCAGCUGCAGGUGGACCGCACCUCGCUGGCGGACACCUUCCCCCUGCUGGACGAGGCGGCUGCUUCCACCAUUGCCGCGCUGCCAGCUGGCGACGACGGCCUGGCGCAGAUCCACGCCAUGCUGGCAGCUGCGUCACGUGUCAGUGUGGGAGAUGUGGACGUGGAGGGUGGGGUGGAGGGAGAGGGCACGGUGGGAGCGGCAGCAAGCACAGGUGUAGAGGGGCGAGUAGAGGGGGCGGUGGGGGGAGCAGCAGUGGGGGUGCCAGUGAGGGGGACAGUGGGGGAAGCAGCAUGGGAGGAGGCAGUGGAGGAGGCUGUAGGGGAGUGCAUGGACCUGUAUUUCGUGGCGGAGGGGCUGCAGACACGAUUCCAUAUUGGUGCGUGGCCAGGAGGGCGGCCGAGGCAGCAGCAGGCGGACUGGGAGGUGGAGGCGAGACAGGUCAUGCUGGGGCAGCUGAGAUCGCUGGACGACCAAGACACCACGCAGAAGCAGCAGCAGGCGGACAGGGAGGCGGAGCUGAGGCAGUUCAUGCUGGGGCAGCUGAGAGCGCUGGACGACCGGCGCGAGUGGUGGGUGGCGCUCAACCUCACGGGCGACGAGGCCAGUGAAAAGCUCAACACCAUGCCGGACGGGGCAGAGAAGAACAAGCUAUCGGAGUUCCUCUUCUGGUAUCUGCCCUUCCACGCCUGGUUCGACUCCGAGGGGCCCGACCACCCCAAGGCCGUCGCCCACGUGGAGGAGCAGCGUGCUGUGCUGGCAGCCGCCACAUCAGCCGCCACGUCAGCAGAAUCCGCCCUGAAAGCCACACAAGAGCAGCUAUGGGAGGAGUGCGGGCUGCGGCUGCCCCACAGCAACUGGACGGAGGAGCAGAGCGCGCUGCUGGAGCGAUACGCUGCCGUGGCCAAUGUGUCUGGCUGCACCGACCAGUGCACCGACUGGGAGGCUAUUUACCCCGAGUACGAAACCCAACCGGGGCUAGUCGCCCCGAAGCACGUGUGGCAGAAGCUACCGGAGCACUAUCCUGACACGCGCCCCAACGUGUCCUUCAUCGUGACGUACGGCGGGCGAGCAGAGCGCGUGCAGGCGCUGGUAUCCCGCCUGUACGCGUGCACACACGGCAUGGCGGGGACGGGUUCACUGCCGGGCAUCCGAGCGGAGAUGGUGGUGAGUGUGAUGAACCCGGAUGCGACACUAGAGGCGUGGAUGCAGGCGAGGAACGACACGGCGGCGGGAAUCUUCGUGGUGGCCGUGCUGCCACGCUUGGGUGCUGCGCCGCUCAUGUUCAACGACCUGGCGAGGAUGGCGCGGGGGGGGCUGUUGAUGAUGCUGGAUGGGGACGCGCUGCCGCCCGCCUCGUGCCUCUGGCUGGACAGAGUGCUGGCCGCGUUCGCCGCGUGGCCGCGCCUGGCAGUGGCGGGCUUCCGCACCGACGCCCUGGGGGAGGCUGGCCGCGCACAGGAGCGCGUGGAGGGGGACGAGGCGCCUCAGGCGGCACGCGCAGCUGCCAGCGUGCGGUUCUGGAGGGGGCUUGCGGAGGAGAUGGAGGGAAGAGGGGGAGCGGAGGGAGGGGAGGUGGGGUGGAGGGACCCUGAGACGGGGGUGGCGAUGCACUUCACAGGGCUGGUAACCGCAUUCCCUCUGGUGCUGCGGCGCUCUGUGCUGGAGGACAUGGGGUGGCUGGACGAGGCGGACAUGCGGCAGGGACGGGCGGCCGUCAUGAGUGACUGGCACCUCUGCUCACGCACGUGGCUAUGGGGGUACCAGGUGGCGCGUCUACAGCUGCGCAUGGGGGAAGGCGGUCGUGGGGAGUGGCCCACUGUGACGCGCGCACAGCACCGCCACGUGCUGCCGGGGCAGGGCGCCUCUGGUGGGGGCGAGCAGGGCAGGGCGGUGGAGUAUGGGGAGUAUGAUGCUGCCAUGGCAGAGUACCACGAUGACAUUGUCAAGGAGGUUGCUCGCUUGAAUCGCCUGCUCGUUCGCAAUGAUUAG